CGAAGUUCGGGAAGUCCUGCCGCUCGGAUCCCGCCGCUCCCGGUCGCGCUCACCGGGGAGGGUCGGGGCGGGGGAGCCGAGCGCUGCCCCCGCCAUGCUCCGCAGACUGGCCCGGGCUGCGGCCCAGCAGCAGGGGGCCCUCUGGGCGCGGGGAUCUGGGAGCCAGGCGGGGAUCCCGACGCACGUGGUGGACCUGCGCAGCGACACGGUUACCAAGCCCGGGCCGGCCAUGAGGCGCGCCAUGGCCGAGGCGGUUGUGGGGGACGACGACUACGGCGAGGACCCCACCGUCCGCGAGCUGCAGGCCACGGCUGCGGAGCUGCUCGGGGUGGAGCGGACCCUGUUUGUGCCCACAAACACCAUGGCCAACCUCAUCUCUGUGAUGUGUCACUGCCAGCGCCGGGGCUCCCAGCUCCUCCUUGGGCAGGAAUGCCACCUCCACGUCUAUGAGCAGGGCGGGGUGGCUCAGAUCGCUGGGGUGCACUCCCACCCCCUCCCAGACCUGCCCCAUGGCACCCUGGACCUGGCUGAGCUGGAGAGGCUGGUCUCACGGAGCCUUGGGAGCCGCUACCACCCAGUCUGUGAGCUCAUCUGCCUGGAGAACACCCACAGCAGCUCAGGGGGCCGGGUCCUCCCCAUCGAAUACCUACGCCAGGUGCACCUGCUGGCCCGGAGCUAUGGGGUCCGGGUUCACCUGGAUGGGGCCCGGCUGAUGAACGCCGCGGUGGCUCUGUGCGUGCCCCCCGCCCGCAUCGUGGAGCACUGCGAUUCUGUGUCUCUCUGUUUCUCCAAGGGCCUCGGCGCACCAGUGGGGGCCCUGGUUGGGGGACCCAAGGACUUCACUGAAGAAGCCUGGCGCCUCCGGAAAGCCCUGGGUGGGGGGAUGCGCCAGGCGGGGGUGCUGGCCGCAGCUGCCCUGGUGGGACUGACUGACGCUGGGGAGGUGCUGCUGAAGGACCACCAGAACGCCCAGAGGUUUGCCAAAGGGCUCCAGGAGCUGGCAUCCCCUGUCUGCUCCGUGGAUCUCACCACCGUGGAGACGAACAUGGUGAUGGUGAGGGUGGAUGGGCUGCCGCCCGAGGAGCUGUGCCAGCGCCUGCAGACCGUGAGCGCUGACGAGGUGGCCCAGACUGGCCGCGCGGUGCGCGUGCUGCUGCUUCCCUGGACGGAGCGGUCAGUGCGAGCCGUGUGGCACCGCGACGUCUCUGCGCAGGACACCGAGCUGGCGCUGGGGAAGUGGGCGUUCAUGCUGAGGGCCCUGGGGAUGGGGUGACGGACCCUGUGCCCUG